AUGGAUCCUAAUAUUGAUAUGGAAUUAUCAACUAGUCAGAAUCAAAAGGAUUCAUACAUUGAGAAUGAAAAUAAAACUGAAGCUAUAAUUGAACAGAAUAAAAACGAUACUAAUGCAGAUGAAAUACAAGGAUCAUUAACUACAAAAAAAGAUAAAAAAGUUACUGAUAUAAGCGAAAAUAAUGAGAAAAUAAAUAAAGAAGAUGAAAGAUAUAAAAAAUUAUCCAAUGAAAAUUUAGAAAGUACUGAUUUAUCAAUUACUGAAUCAUGUCAAGAAAUUAUUUCUGAAGAAGGUAACUUACAAGUGAAUAAAUUAACUCUACAAAAAAAUGACACAAAUAUUAUGUUUACAGAUUACAAUGAUGUUCUUCAACCAUCGACUUUACAUGAAAAUACUACAAAAGAUAUGUCACAAGAAAAUAAUUCAGGAAUAUUAUUAAUGAUAUCUAAUACUGCUAACAAAUUAUCAGAUAGUGCAAAUGUACUAGAAUGUGCAGAAUCUGAAAAACGUUUAGGGUACAUGUCAGAGGAAACAGAAAAUUUAGGAAGUGUCAGUGUAGAUGAUUCGUGUGAUUUGAAUUUAACAGAGAAAAAAAAUGGUGACAAUGUUUUGGAAGAUUCUCAAACAAGUAAGCAAUCUCAAAUUAAUGAGAAAAAUAAUUCUGAUAACAAAAAAAGUGAUUCAAAGGGAACAUUGGAAGAUUGUGAUAGAGAUGUAACAGAGAAAAACAUUGUAGAACCAGAAAAUACAGAAUUUGUACAGUUUUCUCAAGAGAAACAUGGAGAUGCACAGAUGGAAAAUCAAUCUAUAGAUGCUGAAGAUCCUUUUGGUGGAGAUAGUCUUAUUACAGAAAAUGUUGAGUCCAUGGAUACUGAUGAAAUUCAUGAAACUAGCAUAGGUUUUUCUAAAUUGUGUAACCCAACUGAUAAUUUACAAGAUAUUGUAAAUAAUGAAGAAAACAGUUUUAGUAUCAAUAAAAAAAAUGAUAAUGGAGGAAAUAAAAACAAUUCUAUUGAUAUUUUACAUUCUCAAAAUGUAAUAGAAAGUGCUGGUAAAGAUAGUAAUGAAAAUUCAGUUCAAAUGGAACACAAUGAAAAUUCAAAUACAGAAAAUGGAAGUUCAACUAAGAAAUGUGAUGAUCAAACAAAGAAAUCUGUCAGUGGGAUAACACCAAUGGAUACUGAAGAAGAUCAAUCUAAUGUUUUACCAGGACAAGAUGAUGAGUUAUGUAUUAUUCCAGAUAGCAUGAAAGUAAUAAUUCCUGAGCAAACUGAAAAAUCAAAUUCUAGUGAUAAAGAACCUUUACAUGAAGAUAGUAAUGAACACAUGGAAAUUAAACAAACAUGUGAAAAUAGUGAAUUAAAUAAUGAUACGAAUAAAAACUUGCAACAGGAUUUAAAGGAACCAAAUAUUGUAAAUGAAUGCGUUGUAACACAUACAAAAAAUAGCAGAACGGAGAAAGAUUUAACUAAUAAAGUUACAGCUGCCACUACCGACAUUAUCAACAUUGAUGAAGAAUCAAAGAAUUCUGAAAUUGAAGAAAUCACAGCUAAAGAGAUUUGUAAACAAUGUAAUGAAGAAAGGUCAUGUAAAAUUAAAGUAAAAAUUGGUUUUGAUAUUUAUAAUGUGUGUUCAAAAACUUGUAAAGCAUUAUUUAAGAUUGCUAAUAAUAGAGCUAUGGAUAUACCCAGUGAUGGAGUUAAUUCUAAAAGAGAGAAACGUUGUGCAAACUGUUUAUUAAUUGUUGAACCUAAUGAUGAACGUAAUCUUUCUUGGGAAACAAUGGAGUUUUGUAAUGAGGAAUGUCUAGGCAAAUUUCAAACAAAAUAUGGAAGUUAUUGUAGAAAUUGCAAUGGUUCUGUUCAGGCAGUAAGUUUAGGGAAGUAUUGUGUACGAUUUGGUUAUGAUGUUAGACAGUUUUGUUGCUCCACAUGUUUGGAAGAAUUUAAAAAAGGUCUAAAAGUAUGCAGCUAUUGUCAAAAAGAUAUAAGUUCUAGUACAGAAGGUUUUCUUGCACCAGUUGGUGAUAAAGGACAGUUUAAGGAUUUCUGUACUCAAGAUUGCAUGGAAAAGUAUUCAAAAAUGAGUUCUGUUGAACCUCCAAACAUGGAAAAAAAAUGUUGCAGUGUUUGUCAAGAAGACAAAAUUGUACAUUGUGAGGUUCAAAUAGAUAGAUCUGAUCCAGUAUCUAUAUGCAGUGAACCAUGUUUUGCAGCAUUUAAAUUUGUAAAAAAGGUUGAUCCUGAUCAAUGUUCCACUUGCAAAAAAUUUUUUGAAUUACCUAACAAAAAAAAUUCUGUUGUGUUUUAUGAAAAUGAAGCUCAUAUGUUUUGUUCUAAAACUUGCUUAAAUAUAUUUAUUAUUACGAAUAGGAAAAUUGUUCCUUGUAAUUGGUGCAAAGUAAAAAAAUAUAAUUUUGAUAUGAUCAAAAAGGAACUAAAAACAGGUCAAGUGAUGAUGAUGUGCAGUUUAAAUUGCUUAACACUAUAUCAGGUUUCUAUCAAUGCAGUUUCAGCAAAACGUAUAAAUUGUGACUUUUGUAAAGAAUUUUCCCAAGCUCAGUAUCAUUUAACGAUGUCAGAUGCAACGAUACGGAAUUUUUGUUCAUAUCACUGUGUAAUGAAUUUUCAAGCCCAGUAUACUAAAUCACCAAUUACGAUACCGACAGCUGAUGACCCUGUGCCUACAGGAAUGCCUAAAAGGACGUUACCUCAAAGAAAUGCAAAUUCUAACAGUCAGAAGGUUAAUGAUAUACAAAACAAAAAGAACAUGCCUGUAAUUUCUUCCGUGACAAGUUUAGCUACAAUUGGAAAUGGUCAGUCCAGUCCAACAACACAACAAAAUAAUGUAAAUAACAUGUUAGUACCUUCAGUUGCUAUCAGCCAAAAUCAGACACCACAAGUAAUUUAUAAGCAACAUAUUAUAACAAGACCACCAAGUCCAGUUCAAAUACACAAUAAAACAACUCAGUGUAAACCUGUGAUGCACACAAAAGGAGUUUCUGUACGUCCACAUCCUUGUACAAAAGCUACACAAACAGAUGGAAUUCAACAAGCAGUUGUACCAAUACCGGUUCCAAUUUAUGUUCCAUUUCCAGUGCAUAUGUAUACUAUGCCUUUUCCAGUUCCAUUACCUUUUCCAUUACCAAUUCCUGUUCCUAUUUUUAUACCUACAACAAGAAAUAGUGCUAAAGGAAUAUUUAAAGAAAUCAAAAGAAUACAGGAGAAAAUACCAGCAGAUCCUUUUGAAGCUGAACUUCUUAUGAUGGCAGAAAUGGUUGCUACAGAGAAAAAAGCAAAUGAGACUGAUUCAGAUUCUGCAGAUGACAGAGAUGAAGAUACUGGCGAUCGUGAUCAUGCACAUAGUGGAGGAUUCAGUCCAGAAGGUGUUGAUUCCAGUAACACAUUUGGUGAUGAUAUGUUACAAAUGGCUUUGAAAAUGGCAACUGAAGAGUUAGAUGAACCGGCUGUUGAUUUAGAAGCUGCUUUAACUCCAAAUACCAUCACUGCUACACAAGCACCAACCCAACCUGAUACGACAAUGGAAAAUGAUGUUCAAUCGGAACGGCACAGCAUUGCUUCUCGGGGAAGAAAACGGAUGGUACCAUAUAAACCGCGAUCUACGCCAAAUAAGCGAGGAAGGCGUGUAUCUGGUACGAACGAUAUGCCUCUGAUGCCACCCCCUGAACCUCAACCUCCACCUCAACCAAGAAUAAUAGAACCCAUAGAAAAACCAGAUGCUAAUAUGGCACUCAAAUAUACUUUCGGCGUAAAUGCGUGGCGACAAUGGGUAGUUGCAAAAAAUGCUGAAUUAGAAAAACAAAGUACACCAAUGAGAAAAAUGAAAUUAUUUAAAACAGAUCUUUUGCAACUCACAGCUGAUGAAUUAAAUUAUUCAUUAUGUCUUUUUGUGAAAGAAGUUAGAAAACCAAAUGGAGCAGAGUAUGCUCCUGACACAAUAUAUUAUCUCUGUCUAGGAAUUCAACAGUAUUUGUUUGAAAAUAACAGAAUAGACAAUAUUUUUACGGAUUCGUAUUAUGAAAGAUUUACAGAUUGUUUAAAUGAAGUUGCAAAAAAAUUUUCGGUUCUUUAUAACGAUGCGCAAUACAUUGUUACAAGAGUUGAAGAAGAACAUUUAUGGGAAUGUAAACAGUUAGGUGCUCAUUCUCCCCAUGUUCUUUUAAGUACAUUAAUGUUUUUUAACACUAAACAUUUUAAUCUCGUAACAGUAGAAGAGCAUAUGCAAUUAUCUUUUUCUCACAUUAUGAAACAUUGGAAACGCAAUCCUGCUGCACAACCUACUGCAGCUACAGGAAAGGUUCCAGGUACUAGAAAUGUCCUCCUUCGUUUUUAUCCACCACAAUCAGCAUUGGAGGGCAAUUCACGUAAAAAGAAAGUAUAUGAGCAACAAGAAAAUGAAGAAAAUCCAUUAAGGUGUCCAGUCAAAUUAUAUGAAUUUUAUUUGUCUAAAUGCCCAGAAAGUGUCAAAACUCGGAAUGAUGUAUUCUAUUUGCUACCAGAAAGAAGUUGUGUACCGGACAGUCCAGUAUGGUAUUCAACAUCUCCACUGGCUAAGGAACAUCUCAUAAAAAUGUUAUAUCGUAUUAAAAUGGUUAAAGAAAUUAAUGUGGCGUUAUUAACUAGCUAAUUUUACAUUUGCAUAUUUAUC